GGCUUCCGUACAUUGCGUUGCGAAUUGAACUGUAGACCCAGAGAAAAGUUUUCUCGGGACGAGAGAGCUGCUGUCACUGUCAGCAAGGUGCAGCUGAGGAACGACACGAUACGCGCGAGGAUGUUGACAGCGCGCAAAGCCCUGUGGAACGCCACGCGACUGCUGGAGAAGGUUGUCGCCCCUACCAGCAAGCAAGUGGCCUGUAUCUCCACAGGUCCUCAGCAGCAGCACGGGACCUUCUAUGAGCUGCGUACCUACUGCAUACACCCGCACCUGAACGGAGCCUUCCUGAAACUGACCAAUGAGAAGAUCCACCUGAGGACCGCCCACUCGCAGCUGAUUGGCUACUGGAGUGUGGAGUACGGAGGACUAAACCAGGUGUUCCAUAUAUGGAAAUACGAUAGCUAUUCUGGUCGGGCAGGUGUGCGGGCAGCCCUGGCUCAGGACCCCAGCUGGAUAGAGCAGUACAUCUCCAAGGCUAUGGCCAUGCUGAGCUCUCAGGACAACAUGGUGACAUACCUGGUCCCCUGGGUACCGGAGAUACAGACACCACCUAAAGAGGGAGGUGUGUAUGAGUUGGCGUCGUUCCAGAUGCGUCCGGGGGGCCCUGCGGUGUGGGGCGCGGCAUUUGAGGCGGCCGUGAGUGCCCAUGCCAACGGGGGAUACGCCCUGCCCUUAGGGGUCUUCCACAACGAGUUCGGAGACCUCAACCAAGUGCAUGUGCUGUGGUGGUACGAGGGGGCCGACCAGAGAGCUGCCAUCAGACACAAAGCGCAUCAGGACCCCCGAAUAGUAGCAGCAGUGCGGGAGAGUGCGUCCUAUCUGGUCUCCCAGAAGAACAAGCUGAUGUUCCCCACGCCAUUCUCACCCCUAAAGUAACCCCCCCCUUACACACACACACACACACACACACACACACACACACACACACACACACACACACACACACACACACACACACACACACGUGUGGACAUAUAAGACCCUGUGUAGACCCACAGACAAAGACAGAAAGGCAGACACACACAUGAACGCAGACACACACACACACACACACACACACACACACAGAAACACACAAACACACAGAUACUCAACACACCCAACGCACCCCACAUCCCUGGGGGGCGGAGCUCUCCCCAUCCGUCCAGACGAUGAUGUCAGCACUCUCUGACCGCCCACCCCCAAUACAGGGUGGUCUCAUGCUCCUGUGAGUGUGUGUGUGAGUGUGUUUGUAUGUGUGUGUGUGAGUGUGUGUGUUUUUGUGCGUGUGUGUGGGUGGGUGUGUACGGUAUGUGUGUGCUGGUCUGAACUAUGUCUUGAGUUGGUCAAUUUGGGAAGCCCGUUUGUGUGUGUAAAAUGGUGCAUGUAAACAUGUUAGAAUGUAAGAAUGUUGAACAUUCUGAACAAUAAUAAUACCGGUGAUAAUAAUAAUGAUAGUAAAGUAAGAAGUUGAACAGUGUAAUUGGUAGAAGGUGCAGCUCUUCAUGUGAGAUGCGACCCCAUAACCUGUAGGUCACCUGUCAAUGUGGGUUCAGAUCUCUGCUUGUGUUUACGUCCCCAAUAACUCAACACUAUCAUGAAUUUUGCCUUUAGAGUGCAGAGAUGGACUUCUCACUUUGACGAUUCCAUUGAUUUUCUCCUUUUUUUGUGUGUUCAGAUAUCUUCCAUUAACAUUCCAUUUUCUAUCUGCAACACUCUGAGCUGCCUUGUGUAGAGCCCCCCCCCCCCCCCCUCAUAAUUAUAUAAUAAUAAUAAUAAUAAUAAUGAUAACAAUUAUCUACUAACUAAUAAAUAUAUGUUUUGUAAUGUACAUUUUAAUGUCGUUUUUUACUCAACCUCAAUUGAAGAGGCCCCAAUUUUGGGGGCAAAGUGGUUGGUGCCCUAAGCACAGGUUGGUGCCUUAAGCACAGGUUGGUGCCCUAAGCACUCUGCCUACUCUGCUUAUGACUAGAGACGGCCCUGUUGUAUGCAAAGUAUGAAAGUAUUAACCCAUUGAUGCCUGAUGUUGCGUUGCGCAACAUUGGCCCUGGCGCCGGCUCAUGAGAUUUGAGCCAACUUUACUAGAAAUGUCUGUUUGUUUGAGAUGAAUGAACACAUUCUAAUGAAAGAUGAGGGUCUUAGCGUUUAAAUGCAACUUAGUGCAUAUUUUAUGUGCUUCAGAAGCUGAGAUAUUUAGGGUUUUAUAGGCUGAGGGCAGCUUUUCUUAAAAAGGGCUCAGGCAUUCAGCACCCGUUUUUGCAGGUGCCUUAGGCGUCAAUGGGUUAACAGCCUUGCAUGAAGGUGGCCUGAUGCUGAGACUAAUGGGGUGUGUGGCAGUAAAUGUGUGUAUGUGUGCUGUGUGCUGUUAAGCACCUCUUGUUUUCAAUAAACGGUGAAAUUACACAUGCACUGUCACACACUGUGAACUAAUGUCCUGAAUGAACAAAUGUCAUUAUUUACAAGCUGUGCUGUCUUCUAAUAAAACUAAACUUGUGACAAACUGA